AUGGCGCCUUCGACCUGGCUAUACAGUUUAACAAUGAAUAUGGUGGAAUAUUACGAUCAAAAUCGUUGGCGACCGAUUUUUCAUCGAGCUGCCAUUGAUGAAAUGUGGGUGCCGUAUGCUGAUGCAAGUCCAUCGCAUAGUUAUAAGAACGCAUUCGAUGUUGGUGAAGCUGGUCUUGGUUUACUAGCAAACAGUUUAGUACUCGGUUGUGACUGCCUUGGUGAAAUCCGCUAUAUGGAUGUCGUCGUCAAUAACAAUCAAGGGCAAGCUUUGCUAUUGAAAAACGCAAUUUGUAUUCAUGAGGAGGAUAUUGGAUUACUUUGGAAACACACUGAAUUUGUUGAUCAACGUACUCAAUGCCGUCGUUCCAGACGUCUUGUCGUUUCGUCAGUUAUUACCGUUGGUAAUUAUGAAUAUGGUCUCUUCUGGUACUUUUUUCAAGAUGGUACCAUUCAAUUCGAAGGCAAACUCACCGGAAUCAUUGCUCCAGGUGCUUAUGAAAUCGGUAAACCACCCGUAUCCGGUGGAAUGGUAGCUGAGGGUGUGUAUGGUCCACAUCAUCAACAUUUUUUUAAUAUGCGUAUUCAUUGGAUGUUGGACGGUGUCGCCAAUUCUCUCGUGGAAAUCAAUUGUGAACCGAUAGAAAAAGGAGAGAAGAAUCCAGCUGGAAAUGCUUGGAUGGCGAAAGAAACAAUUCUGAAAACAGUUGGUGAAGCACGACGAUGUCACGAUGAAAGAAAAGGUCGCUAUUGGAAAGUUAUUAAUUCCCAAGUUACCAAUCAUGUUGGUCAACCAGUUGCUUACAAGUUAGUUCCAUCUGGUCCAGCAUGCUUUCCAUUAUGUGACAUCGAUUCACCACAAGGUCGGCGAGGUGCAUUUGCGCGUAACCAUAUGUGGGGAACACGUUAUCGUCCCGAUGAACUUUAUGUCGCUGGUUUCUUUUCUAAUCAAUCAAAAGGUGACGAUGGUAUCACUGUUUAUAGUGAACAACAUAAAGAUGAAUCAUUAGUUGAUAGUGAUCUUGUUACUUGGUACACAUUCGGUGUUAACCAUGUUGUUCGAUCAGAAGAUUGGCCUGUGAUGCCGGUUGAAACGGUUGGCUUCCGUUUACAACCGGUAGGAUUUUUUGCAGGUAGUGCAGCUAUGGAUGUUCCACCAUCGACUCCGAAGAACUGUCAUGGAGAUAGUUGUUCUAAACAAUAG